AUGGGGCCGCGCGUGCUGCCGCCGUUCCUGCCGCUGCUGCUACUGCUGCUGUCCGCGCGGCUGUGUAGGGCCCAGGAGGCCGCGCCGUCGCCGCCCACCGUGACAAACGGCAGCCAUCCGGGUGCGCCGGCCAACAGCACGAAGGUGCUGGCGCCUGACGCACCGGGCUCGCCGCUGCUGCGCGCCUUCUGCGUGCUCGUGGGCCUCAGCGCGCUGGCCGCACUCUACUUCCUCAUCCGGGCCUUCAGGUUGAAGAAGCCGCAGCGGAGCAGAUACGGCCUCCUGGCCAACACUGAGGACCCCACUGAGAUGGCCUCCGUGGACAGCGACAAGGAGACUGUUUUUGAGACGAAGAAUCUGAGAUGAUGCUGCAGUGGGGAGGUGGCGUUUCCAGCAUCCUAUGGAAAGGACAGGAGACGGCCCACGCCUGGCGCCUGGGCCUGUUCUCUUGGCAUAGGUGCUGGCCUCACCGAGAGUCUCUGAUGGAACCUGUGCGGCCUCGCCUUCCCGGAUGCUGCUCCAACCUGGCCAAGGGUGUUGGGAUGGAAGCCAGAGGAGCCCCGACAGCUGCCUGCCAGGACUCGGGCCCCCUUGCUGGACUGUCACUCGUGCACCUCUCUCUCUGCCCAUAGGGAUGAAGCAGCCCUGAGCUGAAGCCUGGUGGGCAGGUGGAUUUAGGGGCCUGUCUGGGAAUGCCUUCCCCCUGGACUGGGUACAAAAACAGCAGUGGCUGUUCAUUUGGCACGCGGCUCCCUGCUGUCUCCAGAUUUGGGUGUCCUGGCUCAGUGUGUGGGGGGUGGGUGAUGAAGCAGGGUUUGAACCGGCCUCAGUUUCCCCAUCUGCAACCAAGCUGGGCUUCUCUGGCCUGGUUCCCAGCUGUCCUGAGGAUAGGUGUAAACAGAGAAAUGCGGGCCACCUGCCCCUUUUUGCCUCUUGGCCUAGAGAGAACUAACUACUCAUCCAUCAGAUCCUCUGCUGCAGGCUCCCUUCUCCAUGUGCCACCUUCAGCCUGAGGGUCAAGGGCCACGCCCCCAGAGAUCCUCACCUCAGCUCACCAGCACCUUUGGGGGAGUUUCCAGAGGAGCCCCGGGGCUGUGGUGUAGGGGUGCUGGAGUUGCCUGCAGCCUGAGGGCCCCGUGCCCUAUGCGCCCCUAACCCGUCAGCCUCCUGUGGAAUCGUCUGUGGGCCUGAGUUCCCAUUGGUCCCUCUGAAGGCCUUGUUCUUCCUGCAGGCUGCUGUCUGGACUGGGUCUGGCUCUGUCUUGUCACCUUCUGUCACCUCCUGUCCCUGUAAGUUUGGCCUUGGUGACUUGGAGACCCCUGGCUGCCCAGCCUGAGAUCUCCCCCCAGGCCAAAUGGCCAGAGCCACCACCGCCGUGUCAUAAGGAGGAGCCACCACCAGGUGGCAGCCUUGUCCCACCCAGCCUCUGCUGGGCUCAGGUGGGGCAUCUGGAGGGGACCCCGGCCCCCUCUGACCUCCCCCUUCUGUUGCCUUCUCCCCAGGAGCCAAACUGUUACUCCAGGGAGCGGCGGGUACAGGUCUGUCCGGGGAGCCCAUUUCUCAUGAUUCUUUCUGAGCUCCCUCUCAUCCCCACGUCCACCCUGGGAUGGGCAGAGUCUAUUGCCCAUUGUCAGGCUGGUCACCCCUCUCCAGCCAGAGUCCUCUGUCCUCAUCCCCAGUCUCUUCGUUGAGGCGUCUCUACCCGCUGACCCCUCCCCGACUCUGCUCACAUAUCUCUUCCUGCUCCAGUGCCCCUUUCCCUGCCUCAACCUCAGCCACUGCCUCCAGGAAGUCCUCCCUGCCUGCACACCGCAGCCUGUUUAGAAGGAUCCUGCCCUGGGGAGGCAGCCCCCAGAAUGAGGCUGGAGCCCCAGGGAGGCCCCGAGAUCAUGGGUAGGGAGGGCAGCUCCAGCUGUUGCGUUUCCAUCUGGCCCUGGGGGCCAGUCUCUGAGCCGUCCGUCUCGCUGUUUGUCUCUUUUCAUCUGCCUCCUUCAUUUUGUCUCUGUCUCUGUGCCUCCACUUCUCCACGUCUGACCCACUGGGACACGCUUUUAACAGGCGCGAAGACACUGUCCCUGGUCCCCCCACCCUGUGAUCUGCGCCCCUUUCCAACAGCUCUGAGCGAUUUCUUGAGCUUCAAAAGGCACAUUAAUUACUCUAAUGAGGUCAGGAGAGACCCACGCUCUGCCAUCCAGAGCCGGGAAUACGCUGCACCCCCUCCCCAGCCCCACCGCCUCCUGCCCCCACCUCGGGUGGGGAGGGUGGGCUCUGCCUGCUGCCUGUCAGGGCCUGUCCACCGCGCCCGCACUCCCGGCGUGAGUGCGGAGUAAUUGGCAGCCCCGCCAAGGUUAAUGCACUAUUAGCAGGGAGUUCUCCACGGCUAAGAGCUGGGAGAGGGGCCUGUCAGCACAAGAUGAAAGGCCUGGGGUCUGGGCUGGCCCUCGGGCUGUGUGCGCGUGUGCACGCCUGCAGCUGACAUGGGCCGGGUUCCCUCCACCUUCCUCACCCUCAUGCACUCCAGCACGCAGGCCCAGGCACACAUGACGUGCGACAUCCAUGGUCACGUGUACGGGUGGACACAGCCUCGCUGGACACACGUGACCACACACACCUUCGCACACGGGAGCCACCUGUGCAGAUACUAAGUCCCGUGCCAGGUGGGGGUGCUCAGGCCCCGGGCCCCUCCCACCACCUCCUGCCCCCCCGUCCCCCCAGAUGUGCCCACUGAACACACGGCAACCAGACCCCUCCACCAGGCUCCAGGUUGGGGUCUCCUGCACUGCAGCUGGUCAGGCCUAGGUUCCAGAACUGUGGCCUCAGACAGGCCCCAGACUCCCGGCCUCAGUUUCUCCAUCUGGGAAAUGGGGACAGGUGGAUAGGCCUGUGAGGUGGCCUUGCAGGCUGCACAUGUCGGUGGCCCCUGGUACCCAAGUCAUUCUCUGUGGGGGGGCCCUGAGCUGCCACUAACCCCAAGGCGGCUGUUAACAUCUGUGUCCUGGGUAGGCACAGCUUCUGCUCCGGGAAGCACGUACAGCAGCUACUUAUA